AUGGCACGAGCAAUUCUGGUUUGCGGCGCGACUGGAAAGCAGGGCGGCGCAGUCAUCAACCACCUCGUCGAACAGAAUGCCGACUUUGAGAUCCUCGCCGUCACCCGCGACGCAACCUCCGGAUCCGCCCAGCGUCUCUUGAAAAAGUCGUCCAAAGUUCAUCUCGUCCAGGGUAACUUGGCCGACCCGACUGCCCUUUUCAAGACUGCGCAAGAUGUCGCCUCAUCUCCUAUCUGGGGAGUCUUCAGUGUCCAGGUCCCGAUGGGCUUCGGCCAAGGUGGAGGCGGCGAACUAGGCCAAGGCAAAGCCCUCGUCGACGCAUCCCUCAAAGCAGGCGUCAAAUUCUUCGUCUACACCUCCGUCGAGCGUCACGGCGCAGACAACGCGACGAAUGUGCCUCACUUCGCCCACAAGCACGAGAUCGAGCAGCACCUCUUCAACAAGUCCAAGGGCACCGACAUGGAGUGGGCCGUCCUCCGCCCCGUGGCUUUCAUGGACAACCUCACGGACAACCUCUUUGGGAGGGUUUUCACCACCUCGUGGCGCAUGGCGGUCAAGGAGAAGCCGCUGCAGCUUAUUGCUGUCAGCGACAUUGGCUACUUUGGCGCCGAGGCGUUUCUUCACCCUGAGAAGUACAAGGGCCGCGGGGUCUCGCUUGCGGGCGACGAUUUGACGAUUGAGCAGUUUGCUGUGGUGUUCAAGAGGAAUACGGGCAAUGAGCUGCCUGGGACGUAUAGGGUCUUGUGUUGGCUGAUCAUGACGAUGGUGAAGGACUUUGGGUACAUGUUCAAGUGGUUCCACGAUGUUGGGUAUGAUGUUGACAUUGCGGCGCUGAGAAAGGAGUAUCCUGGGCUGAAGGACUUUGAGACUUGGCUGAAGGCGGAGAGCGAACCAACCCGCCAGACACAAACCGAAAACACGUCUUGUAUCUUCAACAUGUCUAAACUUCUCACCAUCUUCGGAGCCACUGGCAAUCAGGGCGGUUCCGUCGUAAGAGCAGCCCUCGCCGACGCCGUUCUAUCAAAGGAGUACAGAAUUCGUGGCAUCACUCGGGACGUCUCUAAGCCCGCAGCUCAAGCUUUAGCCAGCAAGGGCGUCGAAGUCGUUUCUGCCGACAUGAACUCAAAGACCUCUCUCGCCGAGGCGAUCAAGGGCUCCCACACAGUCUUCUUUAUGACCACGCCCAACUUCACGGGUGGCGCCAGCGAAGAGCAGGCCCACGGCAAGAAUGUGGCCGACGUCGCGGCCGAGACCGGCGUCAAGCACCUCAUCUACUCGUCUCUGCUGCACGUCACCGAGACCACCAACGGCCGCCUCAAGCAUGUCGUCCACUUUGACGACAAGGCCGAGGUCGAGCGCUACAUCCGCGCCAAGGGCAUCCCCAGCUCCUUUGUCCUGCCGGGGUACUUUAUGAGCAACUUCUCUGCACUGCAAAUGAUUCGCAAGGGCGAGGAUGGGGUCUACAACCUGGCGUAUCCUGUCAGCGACAAGGCCAAGUUCCCUCUCAUCGACACCGAGUCCGAUAUUGGCAAGUACGUCGUCGCGGCAAUCCGCAAUGAGAGCACCCUCCUCGGCAAGCAGAUCUUGGCAGCUGAGGACUACUACACGCCCACGCGGACCGUCGCCGAGUUUGAGCAAGUCACUGGCAAGACAGCCCGUUUCGUGCCCGUCGACGCUGCGACGUACAAGUCCUUCUUCGCUGGUCCGAUGGCUGCCAUGGCUGACGAGAUGCUCGAGAACCACCUCUUUAUUGACGAGCCCGGGUACUAUGCCGGUAAGGACCUGAAGGAGAGUCAGGAGCUUUUGGCUGGCGUUGGGCUGAAGGCGACUACUUGGAAGGAGUUCUUGGAGGCGAACAAGGCCGCUUUCCCGUAA